AUGAAAAUUCAUUCUGUAAGCCAACUUAUAUUAUCAAAUGGUGAUAAAUGCGUUUAUUACGCCGCAUUUGUGAGCGAUUCAACCUCUUCGGUCACUACUGACAAGAAUGGACUAGCUUUAACAGUUGCUGUAACAGAAAAUUUUCCUGAUGCCUUUGGGCCACUUUCUUGUACCAUGGUUCCAGAUAAACAAGAUGUAAUAAUUGCAGCUCUAGAGUGCCUUUGUAAACAUGAUAUAAAUCUUAUUUUAACAAUGGGGGGCAGUGGAUUGCAAGUCACCGAUAUAGCAAUGCUAUCACGAGCCGUUUUUGGAAUUAAAGAUAAUUCUGUGAUUGUAAAUUUACCCAACAAUUUAAAUAACGCAUUAGAAUGCUUUGGAUUUAUAAAAUAUGUUGUACCACAGUUAAUUGAUUUAGUCACACAUCAAAAUACAGCUGUUAAAACUGCCAAUUCAGAAAUCAAAUCAGACGAGGAAGUAGUGAAAAUUAAUGAAGAAAAUUAUGAACCAAGUUGUUUCCAACUUUUACCGACAACACGGUUAAGCAAUGUUUCUUCGUACGAAAUUGUUAAAUUUAAUGAGGCUCUUGAUAUUGUUCGUAAUUACACUUUAAAGUAUCUCGCUAAUGUCGAAGAAAUUGCGAUAGAAGAGUCUCUUAAUCGAAUUUUAGCUCCCGAUGAUAUAUUAUACAAACGUUUGGAUUUAAUAAUUAGAACAUCAGAAACGAAUGGAUACGCUAUGAUAGCUUCAGAUGAUAAAAGUGAACGUUCAUUAAUAACUAGUUUUACUAACCACGAUGAUUUGUCACCAUUUGUUCUUCAUCCUGGAGAAGCUGUACGAAUUAACGCUGGAAACUGCCUACCAAAGGGAGCUGACGCUGUUGUACCCAUUGAUGACGUUGUGGUUAAAGAACUUAAAAAUGAAAUUAAAAUUAUCACUAAAAAUGCUCCAAAAUGUGGUAAAUACAUAAAAUCAAAACAAGUUGAAUUUACAGCUAGAAACGUCAUUACUUCCACUCAUAUUGGAAUAUUAACAGCUUUAGGUCAUUCAAAAAUUAAAGUUUACAAGCGUGCACGUGUUGGAAUACUAUCAACAGGUGAUGCAUUGUGUUUAAAUAUUGAUAAAGAUGUAAACGGUGCCCAUGUCACAAAUAGUAAUAAUUUAGCAUUAUUGAAUUUUUUGAAAACUUUUGGAUAUUCUGCAAAUGAUCUCGGAACUGUAAAUCAUGACCCGAACUUGUUAAAACGAGCAUUACGGAAGGCUUUCUCUCAUCAUGAUGUAAUAAUAACAACAGGAGGCGUUUCCCAGGCUGAACAUGAGGUAAUGAAGAACGUUUUAAGCUUAGAUUUUGGAGCUACUAUUCGAUUUGGUCGAGUUGAUAUAGAGCCAGGGUAUUGGACAACUUUUGCGACGUGUUCCUUUAACGGUUCCACAAAGUUUAUAUUUUCCCUGCCGGGAAAUUUUAAUGCGGUUUUGGUAACUAGUAGAUUAUUUGUUAUACCAGCUUUACGCAGAUAUGAGAACGCAAUAGAUGACACGUAUCGUAUAUAUAAAGUAGAAGUGAAUCAUCGUAGAUCGCGACAUUUCUGGAGUGGUGAACGAACGCGUUUUAUGAAAACCGCCAUAACAUUGAAAACUGAUAGCUCAUCAGCCAAUAAAUUUCUUGCAGUAUUUAAAGACGACAUCAAUUGUAGUCUUUCUUAUAGCAAUGCUGCAUUAAUAAUUAUUCCUGAAAACAAACUUAUUAAUAAUAAAGUGACUGUUAUUUUAGAUGGCAUUAUGUUGUACAGGUAA